CAAGAGAGCAUUCCUGCCGCCACCGCCAGCUACAUCACCAAGCGGCCCUGUAGAGCGUGAGAGAGCGCCCUCGAUAGUUGGGAUUCGCAGGCGACAAGACACGGCACCAUGGCCACGGCGUUACAACAGCAGUUGGCGCAAAUCGCCAAAAAGUCGACGGACCAGCUUGAUCUCAAGGCACAGCGCGCACAGCAUAGCAAGUCGCUGCUGUUUGAUGCCAGAGUCGCUGCCAACCAGACCUUCGACACGGUCUACCAAAUAUGCGUCGAGGGUUUCCAGGAACUAUGCAUGCUCGACGCCCGCUUCGCGCCCUUUGCCGCCAACCUGUUCAGCGAUCAAUCAAAGUCCGAGGAGCGCAUCAACCUGACCAAGCAGGAGAAUGAAGACUUGGACCGCAUCAUUGAGAGUUUCCUGGGACUGGUUGCUUCCAGACUCUUGUUACGGCCCGGUCUCAAGGCGGUAGAGUGGCUUGUCCGUCGUUUCCGCGUGCACGAAUACAACACCGAGGCCCUCGUCUUGACCUUCCUGCCUUACCACGCAAACCCCGUUUUCCCGACCAUGCUGUCCAUCCUGCCAAAGGCACUUCCUCCCACCCUGAAGUUCCUGCAACCAUACAUUCCUACCUUGUCGAGUCCUCCCAGCCAAGCUCUCGUCUACGCCGCCAUCAACAACCCUUCCUUCUUUACCGCUUUCAACACACAUGUCGUCCGUACCGCGAACCUGGGCCAUCAUUCGGUCAUGCUCCUGCAGUUCUGGGCCGGCGUCAUGACCCCGACUGUCAACGGCAUGCUUGACGCCGCCAUGUCAGGCCGUGCCGACGUGCGCAGUCAACGCCAGGAAGACCUCUUGCUACGUCUUGUGCCUGUGCUCCAGCAGACACUCCGCAUCAAGAACGUCCCCGAGCUCUAUCUGGGUUCGUGCAUGAUCAUCUGCAUCCUGGUCUCCAAAUCUCAGCUUGAUGACAAGGUUUUGGACUCUUUCAUGGACGCCUUGCUUCGAGGCUGUACCACCCAAACUCUGGACCAGGCUUUGGCCUCUCUGGCCAUCAUUGCCGAAGAGCGUCAGUCAUUGAAGCUCACCCACACCGUUGCAAGAGCCCUGCUAGACAUCCCUGCCCUGUAUACUCGUAUUCUUGACCUACAGACAAGACAGCACACCGGGAGACUCCUUACUGGUCUUGCUGUGACGUCGCUCGACGGCGCCUCGAGCGAGGCGACUCUUGAAUUGAUCGAGCAUGCUGUUACCUCUCACAUUCCCACCUUGCCUCAGAAAGCUGCCAUCGUUCAGACAUGUUUCUCUGCGGUAUCCGAACUCCAGUCUUCCUCAGCACCCGCUGCUUCUCAGGAGAGUCUUGCUCGCAUCUUCGCUGCGCUGUGCGAAUCGCCCUCUACAUUGCCUUUGGUGCAGGCUGAGGCCGUUCGACUCAACCUGAGCCUUGAAUCUGUCGAAAUCCAGCUCCAAGUCUCCUUGGCUCCGAGUGAAACCUUGGCCCUAACUUCGGCCGAUGCUGACACCGAGAUGACCGAUGGUCCCAUUUCCACUCAGCUUGACCACCUGGAACACGCCCUUUCUUCACUACCUGAGAACCUGCCCAAAGAUUACUCUUUCGUCGCAAGCGCCGAUAGAGCACCGUUUGACGCUUUCGCUCGCGCGUUCCUUCUACUGCUUCAGCAAAACAAGGGGUUGGGCCAGAUUCUAGACAAGCCUGUCCUCCGUAGUGCAGGUGCUCUGUCUUCACCAACGUGUCUGUCCUUCUUGGCAAGACUCUGGACAAGUGCUUAUCCCAUAGUCGCGCGUGUCUCUGCUCUACGGUCUGCCACAGAACUACUCAAUGCACAAUCCAGCGAGGUUGUCGACCUACAGACACUGACGCCAUUCGCACUUGUAGCCCUGGCUGAUGCUUCGGAAGCCGUGCGCAAGGCAGCCGCAAGUCUACUGAUUAUCAUCACGAAACUCUACCAUCCCGAUGCGGUCAAGAACAAAGUAUCUGAAUCUAUCAGACUAUGGGCAGCUGAGAAUUUUUAUGGAGCGUCCUCCAAGAAAUCAUCCCUGACCGGACCUAAUGCGCACAAGGUUUUAUCAGAAGCAGUUGUUCCUACGCUGGAAGAGUGUGUUCUUGAUCCCAGUCAGAUCUCACGCAUUCUAACCACUGCUCUCAAUGGCCCAGCCCAGACACAGGCCGGUCAUCCAUCUGCCGCUGGUGUCGAGCUGAAGUCAACACUGAGGACUUCUUUUGCAUCAUGGCUCUGCGAGCAUGCGGCCACUGUUCCCUUGGCAACUGUCAAAGUCCAGCUUCUCUCCUUUUUGAAUCCUAUUGGCAAGGCUGCUUCACCUGGGCGCGCACAAGUACUCGUUCCGUCCCUCCAACGUUGGGUACAAUCUGACCUGCAGAUUCGAUCCGAAUCGUGUGCUUCUGCCCAGAUUGAUGUUGAAACGGUUGACAAAGCCUACGUUGAUUGUCUUACGAGCCGAACUUCAGAGGAAUUGACUUGCCUAAGAACCCUUGCCAAUGGAGAACUGGGACAGAGCGCGUCUUUGUCAACCAUGGCAAUUCAACGGUUCAGAACACUGUGGUCUAGCAUGAAGCCAAUUGCGCAGACAUCUGCUUCAGGCUUUUUACUGGAUCUGGCUCUGGACGAUCAAACCGACGAUGUGUCUGAGGCUAGACAAUCAGAAGCCACCGAUCUUCUUCGUCAGGUCUCAAUGCCUACUGAAGUCUUGUCCUCGAUGUUGGACUCAGUUCCCAGCAUCGCCCAAAUGGAAGACAAGCCUCCUGCUAACAAGCGCAGGAGAACGAGCAGAUCUGAGCUGGCCAAGUCUCAAAGCAUCAAUGUUGCAGAUUUGCAUAGCGUCGUUCGGAGACUGACUCUCGUGCUGGAAAUCAUUGAGGGCUCUCACCCGGAGAGACACCCGGAACUGCUCAAAAGCCUGUUCCAUGUUCUAAGUGAGCUACAGCACUACAGGACACAACUCGGUUCAAACCUGGUGUAUCUACAACAGCUUGUCAUCGGAUGCCUCUUCUCAAUUGUCGAUUCGCUGAAGCAAAACCCUACUGUUAAGGUGGAUCGAUCUGUCUUAAGGGCAGACCUUAUCGUGGAGUGUGUUCGAACCAGCACUAAUGCCCAGAUUCACAAUGCCGCGCUCUUGCUUAUCUCUAGUCUGGCAAGCUGGGCUCCCGACUUGGUCCUGCAUAGCGUGAUGCCAAUCUUCACGUUCAUGAGCAACACCCUACUGCGUCAGAGCGACGACUACUCUGCUCAUGUCAUCGAUCAAACUGUGUCCCGAGUCGUCCCUCCGCUUGUCGCAUCCCUCCGCAAGAAGAACCAGGAUCUUGUGACAGGAGCUGCCGAACUCUUGCUCAGCUUUACUGCUGCGUUCGAGCACAUUCCUCUCCAUCGUCGCCUACGUCUUUUCAGUCAUCUCGUCAACGCACUGGGUCCUCAAGAUUUCCUUCCUGCCAUCACUGCUAUGCUCUUUGACAAGUACCCGACAGAUAAGCGGGUCCCCACAUUCUCUGCUGAACUCAUGGGCUCGUUCUCUCCUGAAGUCCAGCUGGUUGCUGCGUCUCAAUACAUCGAUUUGGCUACAAAUGCGUUGCACCCUAAGUCAGUCGUGUCUGAAGCAAUCUUCGGAUUCAACGACAAGACGACGGAGCAAAUCGAGCAGUCCGUAGCACAUCUUCUACGUUCCUUGGGACUUCUUUUGCAACAGCGCUCUCUCCAUGUACAAAUUCUCAAGGCCCUCGACAAGGCCGAAGGUGCUCAUGACGGUCUCCAAUCUGCUGCCGCCGAUAUUCUGCAGAAGAUUAUGCAAUUCUCUUCUUCCAAAUCUAUCCAAGGCAAGCCUGAUCUGCAAUCGGCCUCAAACAACGUGUUAACGGCGGCUUUGGGCCUCCUGCCAACACCAUACUUCAUCCGCACUGCCGAGGACUUGCUGAAGAGACCCGAACAAGACCUUCGACUCAUGGUCCUCCGCUCUCUUGAGCAGCGUGGUCGCGAAGCCAAGCCUGCUGACUCCGUUGCGGCUGGUGCUAUGCUCUCCGUUCUGCCGAGUGUGGCUAAGGUUAUCAGCCAGGAGUGUCCGACCGAGCUGGUACACAGCGCUGUCACAUGUAUCGAUGUUAUCUCGGAGAAGUUCGGUAAGAAAGAUACCGACAAAGUCAUGUCAGCCGCUCGUGUCGUGGCUUCAAAGCAUGCUUUCGGCAGUCAGAGUGACGAGCUCCGAAUCAUUUCCUUGCUUUGCCUUGCUACCAUGGUUGAAGUUUUGAGAGACGAUCUGGUGGACAUCCUGCCCCAGAUCUUGACCACAUCCUACGUUUACUUUGAUUACGCAACAAAGGUCGAAUCCAGCAAUGCCCGGCUGCAUAAUGCUGUCUACUCGUUCUUGACAAACGUUAUCGAGUACAUCUCCUGGAUGUUCUCCGCCGAUACUCUUGACAAAGCUUUACUGCUCACUCAGCAAUCUGCAUGUAGCGAGUCCAUGGACAUCCGAACCUCGGACAGUCGCCUGCAGUUCACGGGUUUGCUUUCCAGGCAGCUCGACGCGAGAACUAUCUUGACAGCUUUGGAGCGCACUUUUGACAACGCGGUCGCCCUUGGCUACUUGGCUUGUCAGGAAGUCCUUGCAACCCUGCACACAGUCAUCAAGACACACCCCAAAUCGGCGCUCCUGAAGAACGCCUCAGUCUUGUUCUCUAUCCUCAACAAGUCUUUUGAUCUUCGUCGUUUGCUUUCUCAACAGCCUGCUCCACCAGAGGUCGAGGAACUCGCUUCAAUGGAAGCGCAAAGGGACAGUCUGUCUUUGGACGCAAUCAUGAGGCUUAACGACACAACGUUCAGGCCGUUCUUCACUCGUCUCGUCUCUUGGGCUGGCGAAGGUCUGCCUAAGAAGGAUCAGGCUGGCCGUACUCUUCGUCUUAUCAGUGUCUAUGGUUUCCUGGCCAGGUUCUUCGAUACCUUGAAGUCUAUCGUGACGGGUUAUUCUGGCUAUCUCCUUGAACAGGCUGCAUCCAUACUCCGGGGUGUCAAGCCAGAGGGAGACGCAGAACAGCUUCUUCUGAAAUCCCUACUCCAAACUUUACAGGCCAGCUUCGGCAACGACCAAGACGACUUCUGGCAAGCCCCAGCGCAUUUCGAAGCCAUAAUGCAGCCUUUGUUGCUUCAAGUGACCUAUGCCAGCGAGCCCGAGCUCAGAGACUCGCUUGACAUUGUCUCUGCUGUCACUGGAUUGGCAGGCGCCGCGGCCUCUCCAGAGCAUCAUAAAACACUCAACUCGGCCAUUCUGAAACUCAUGAGAAGCGACAGUGAACUAACCAGAUUAGCGGCAGUCAAGUGUGAGCAGUCCUUGACCAACAAGCUUGGUGAGGACUGGCUUGCUCUUCUUCCUGAGAUGCUACCGUUCAUCAGUGAGUUGCAAGAGGAUGACGAUGAGGAUGUUGAAAGAGAAACAACUGCCUGGAUCCGCCAGAUUGAGGGAAUUCUUGGUGAGAGUCUUGAGGGCAUGUUGCAAUAAGGGUGGACAAAAGUGCUUAGGCAUGGCGACGGCGUUUUGUGUUGUGAAGGGAUUCAUAUAUUUGGUGUGUACAUAGAAGCUCCUAUGAAAUGUUCUAUUUAUGAAGUCGAAAUCUCUGCUCAUGGUGUCCGAGUAGAUGUUUCAGCCACCGAUUAAUCAUCUGAUGUACAUAGGCACAAUCGGUAGCGCACACCACAUCCACACGUGCUAAAUCAUGUGGCG